AUGGCCGCCAACAAGCGUAUUGUUUACGUCGGAGGUUUAGCCGAGGAAGUAGAUGAGAAAGUGUUACAUGCAGCGUUCAUACCGUUCGGUGAUUUGGUUGACAUCCAGAUUCCUUUGGACUAUGAAACUGAAAAGCAUAGAGGAUUCUCAUUCGUGGAAUUUGAAAAUCCUGAAGAUGCAGCUGCUGCAAUUGAUAACAUGAAUGAUUCAGAGUUGUUUGGUCGAACAAUUCGGGUCAAUCUGGCAAAACCCAUGAAGAUAAAAGAAGGUGCCAACAAAGCAGUCUGGGCGGAUGAUAACUGGCUGCGAAAACAUUCCGGGGCGACAUUGAAAGAUCAAGAGAAAGAUGAGGGUGAUGGUGAUGGUGAAUCAAAGAGUAAAGGAGAUACUGAUGAGGCAUCUGAGAACACAGCUAUGAAAUCCAAAGCUAAUCCACAAGUAUAUUUUGAUAUUAAAAUUGGGAAUAAAAACAUUGGUAGGAUCACUAUAUUACUCAGAGCUGAUGUCGUUCCCAUGACAACAGAAAACUUUCGCUGUCUCUGUACACAUGAAAGAGGUUUUGGUUAUAAAGGAAGUUCAUUUCACCGAAUUAUCCCACAGUUUAUGUGUCAAGGAGGUGAUUUCACAAAUCAUAAUGGAACUGGUGGGAAAUCAAUUUAUGGAAAAAAGUUUGAAGAUGAAAAUUUUGUUUUAAAACACACCGAACCUGGUAUCCUAUCGAUGGCAAACUCUGGAGUCAAUACCAAUGGAUCACAGUUCUUCCUCACAACAGAGAAAACAGAUUGGUUGGAUGGAAAACAUGUUGUAUUCGGAAAAGUUAUUGAAGGAAUGGAUAUAGUCAGGAAAAUGGAAGCAGUGGGAUCAAAAUCUGGGAAACCCACGCAAAAAGUUGUUAUUGCAGACUGCGGAGAGCUUGUAUCAUGAACAGACAGAUUUUAUGAACUGUACUUAUGUGACAAGUAAUGAUGAAAUGGAAGGGGAGAAUGCUUCAGAAUCCUUGACCUGAUUUGUUAUAUUGAGCAGUUUGUUCAUCUCCGUUCGAAUGCAGUCCGAAAACUAGGACUCAUGGAUUGACCUCUAUGUGUGUGUGCAUCCAAACCUGUAUCUUGGACAAGCCUGG